AGAAAUAAAAGUCAAACCUGACAAUUUGUUUAAUUUAUUAAAAAAUGUAUUGUCACGUCAUCUUUAAAUUAGCAAACGUUCAGAUGUGCAACGUGUAUCGAUGCACAGUGCUAAAACACUAUUGCCAUAUAUUUCUAAUAUGGAGGAAGUAGAAUCUUUAAAAGGUUUGCUACAAAAAAGAAGAAAUAUUUGUCGUGAAAAGUUUAAAAAUAAUAAGGAACAACAGUUAGAAGAAUAUAAAAAUUUAAUGAAUGAGUUAAAAACUUUACGAAAUGAAAGUAUGGAAUAUCAAGAGAUUAUUAGUAAAAACUGUAAUUAUUUAAUUACACACGAGAAUGCGAUAAAAAAAUUGUUAUUUGAAUCCAAAAAUACACAGGGUUUACCAAUAUCGCAUGAAUGCCAUCGACAAUCGGUAGAAUUUUUUUCAAAUGCUUUAGAAUUUUUAAAUAAUUUUCAAGCUGCUAAUGGACCCUUAGAAAUCUUACAAAAUGAUAACAUAGACGCCGAAAAAAUAGUGAAUAAUAUCGUGACAUGUACCAAUCAUGUAAGUAAUGAAUUUUACAAAGCUAAAUCUGCAUUUCUACAGAUAGAACAAGUCAAAAAUAAUAUCGAUUUUCUUUGCAAUCUUAACAUUAUUUCCGAUGAUGAAAAUGAAGAAGUGAAUUCAUCAGAUUCGCAAUCUGUUGACCUCAUACAUUAGCAUUAUUAAUUGUGGAUCGAUAAUCUCCUGUAACAUUUAAAAGGAACAACAGGAUCAUCUUUUAAAUGUAAUUGACUAUCUUGAUUCAAUGAACUUUUAACUGGAUUAAUAUUAUCUGUACUUGUAU